CUAUCGGAUAUAAAAGAGCUCCCUGGAGAGAUAAGCUGGCUCACAACCCACGUACAACUCGCAUCAUUGACCUCCACGUCUGACGCAUCUUCCAGCAGCCGUUCUUCACACAUCAAACAUCGCGCCUAUCGUUCCGCGGACACACCAGGUCGAUGAACCAAAUCUCCGCCACUACGCGCCCCGGUGCUAUGGCAUAUAUCCCAAACCUUGCCUGUCACGAAUUACCCAGUCCCUUCAACGGUGGCCCAUCAUCCUGCGCCACAAGGAGACAUAAGCAAGGCGCGCAAAUCAGGACACACUCUUGUCGCGAAUAUUUCCAAGCAGCAUCGGAAGGAGCAUCCCGACGACGAGGAAAUAUCAGAGUGCCAAUAGCGUCACCCUACGGGGGGUCGUUACCGCAAGGUGGUCGGGACUUUCGGAGGACUCAUCAAGCACGUGAAGCGAGUCCAUCAACUGCCCCACCUGUGAAGCACUAUUCUCCGGGUUGCUGUGACUUGUGGAGCGAAGAACGGAGAGGCAACCUCGCACCCAAUCCCAUAUCACAUCACGGGAAAGCCGAUCUCUCCACGAGAGAUUUGCUCUAUGGAUCUCUCCGUGAGGGGUCUCAUUGUGUGGAGGCAAGGCAUGGUGUUGCAGUGAGGGCGGGACAAUCUUCUGUUCCAAUCUUUCCGGUGUUCUUGGCGGCCACGGGAGACACACGAGUUGGUCGAAAUCGCGGUCUACGCUGUCGCUGCGCGGUGUGCGGCGGCCAGAUCGGGGUCAUGACUCCACAUCCUGACCCCUAUUCGAACCUCAACAGGGUCCUUACAGAGGACUCGGAGCAAUGGCCUUGCGACGACUUCAACGAUACUCUGGUGGGCGACAAUCAACAUGGUGACGCUGGGAUCCCAAGAGAUUCCCUUGACAGCCGUACGGACGGUCUUCCUGUGGUGACAGGUCACGGUGUCGAGGGGCGAGACUAUCGCCCCAGCAAUUUUUCGACUCUUCUCGGCGCACUCGGUAGCCAGGACAUUGACAUUGGCUAUUAUCAUGUCAAUGUGAGUACGCCGAUCGGAGCUUUGGCCACCCCGACGCCAGACAUGCUUGGCUCCGGGGCAGACAGUGGGAUGAAGCUGGAGUCACCCUCUAGCAUCACAGCCGCUGAGGGUGGCAUCGAUGGUCAAUACGCGUUUGGAGUCGCGUCGAGCUUGAAGAACCUCCACCCCACUAUAAUCGCCUCCCGGCGCAACCAGAUUCGCUUCCACGCCCACAGAGGCGCAAAAUGCACACUAUCAGGAAGAAAUCUAUUCACAACAGGAGAUAACCUUUGUAUUUACUCUUGGAUAUAAAGGUCUUGACGCGAUAUAGGGCACUGCUGCAGCAGGCGAUGUGGACCCCGCAAGUAAGAUGUCGAUAGC